CCGCGCUGCGGCCGCCUAGUCUACCAGCUCGUCUACUCUCGCGCGCAGGGCCAGCCGCCGCGACGCCAGAGCGCCCGGCCCCGCCGCCGCGGCCCCGGCAGGCCCCAUACUGUAGAGUACCGUUUAGCUGACAGCCUCUUCCACUGUGACUCCCCUUCACGGUGUCCUGCCCGGUGGGCUUCAGAGCCAUGGCCACGGAGGAGAAGAAGCCAGAGACAGAGGCUGCAAGAGCACAGCCUACACCUUCCUCAUCAGCCACACAGAGCAAGCCCACACCUGUUAAACCAAACUAUGCCCUGAAAUUCACCUUGGCUGGCCACACGAAAGCUGUGUCCUCUGUGAAGUUCAGCCCCAAUGGGGAGUGGCUGGCAAGUUCAUCUGCUGAUAAACUCAUUAAAAUUUGGGGAGCAUAUGAUGGAAAGUUUGAGAAAACCAUAUCGGGUCACAAGCUGGGAAUAUCUGAUGUAGCCUGGUCAUCAGAUUCUAACCUCCUUGUGUCUGCCUCUGACGAUAAAACUUUGAAGAUUUGGGACGUGAGUUCUGGAAAGUGUCUGAAGACGCUGAAAGGCCACAGUAACUACGUCUUCUGCUGCAACUUCAACCCCCAGUCCAACCUCAUCGUCUCAGGGUCUUUCGAUGAAAGUGUGAGGAUAUGGGAUGUGAAGACGGGGAAGUGCCUCAAGACUUUGCCUGCCCAUUCGGACCCAGUCUCAGCUGUUCAUUUUAACCGUGAUGGAUCGUUGAUUGUUUCCAGUAGCUAUGAUGGCCUCUGCCGCAUCUGGGACACUGCCUCUGGCCAGUGUCUGAAGACGCUCAUCGAUGAUGACAAUCCUCCAGUGUCCUUUGUGAAGUUUUCUCCAAAUGGCAAAUACAUCCUGGCUGCAACUUUGGACAACACGCUGAAGCUCUGGGACUACAGCAAGGGGAAGUGCCUGAAAACAUACACUGGCCACAAGAAUGAGAAGUACUGCAUAUUUGCCAACUUUUCAGUGACAGGCGGGAAGUGGAUCGUGUCUGGUUCUGAGGAUAACCUGGUGUAUAUCUGGAAUCUGCAGACCAAGGAGAUUGUGCAGAAGUUGCAGGGCCACACAGAUGUUGUGAUUUCCACGGCUUGUCACCCGACAGAGAACAUCAUUGCCUCAGCAGCGUUAGAGAACGACAAAACAAUCAAACUGUGGAAGAGUGACUGCUAAGUCCUGGCUCCAUGAGAGACUUCAGGAAGCCACCCAGAUUGGCAAGAAACACAUGUGGGGCAGAGGUGUGGGGCCAGACUGGAGCGACAGGCCUGGUGCACCUCCUCUCUGAAGAUGUCGGGUCAGGGGAGUGCACACUACCGAGUCUUGAUAGCCACUGUGAUAUUUCUUGCCAAUUCUGUUCUGCCUGGGGGAGUUUCUGGUCUGUUCUGUGCUCAGAGGCAACAAAUUUUUAAUUUUUUAUUACAAGAGUGAGUUCAACUCAUCCUGGGUUGUUUUUCCCUGUAAUUGUCUGUAUCUUUUUGGUAUUGUAUUGCCCACUGCACACACUGGAACAGGACCUGCAGCCCUACUCCCAUUCCCUGCCUCCAGCCCUGGCCUGCUUGUUCAAGUUUCCUGCCUGUAAUAGUACCCAGUAUGUUUCCAGGACUUUCUGGAUACACAGAAAGGUUGUAAGUUGUUUCCGUGUCAAGUCCCUUUGUAUUUUUGGAGUUCAUAGGUCAACACUGACCUCUCAGUGGUUGCAGUGUCCACAUGUCUGGCUGGUAUCACUCAGUAAGCUGCACAUACUGUAAUAAAAGGUAGGUUUGGACCAGCUUGGCCUUGAAUUCUGACUGGAGCUCAUCUGUACCUGAGUUUUAGAAAGUGCCCCUCAGGGUAGGGUUUGGAAAGGUCUGUGGGAAGAUGGAUCCUUGUUGUACCUCUUUUUCCCAAUGGCUGCUGUGGGCACUGAGUAUUUUGAGAGGAAGAAACUCAGUUUUUCCAACUGAGUGAAAGUGAAAGUCUUGGAUAGGUACAGUGUAGGGCCGUUCUGGUCCUCUCCAUUCUGGGUGAGGCUCAGGGACCUGUGCAGGAGGGAGUAUUUCAAUUUGGUGCUUGCCCCAAACAGGUACAGCCUUCGGCCUUAGCCUCUGAACCCACCAGCCUCUCUUAGCCCCUGCCCCAAAUGGAUCCUCUGGUGUCCUGUCUUCUGGGUAACCAGGACUGGAAAGAGGUGAUGGCCGAGCUCGGAGCUGCACAGCAUUUUCACAACUGCUGCUGCCUGAACCCAGGGUGACCUAACAUGGAGCAGAGUGCAGAGGUUCUGGGUGUUUCCAGUCCAGUUGGGUGGGUGAGGCUUCUGGGCACAGGCAUGGGCUGCGGGGAGGCCCUGGGUUUGCUCUGUUGCAGCAACCUGUAGAGCCAACACUGAUACAUAAGCAAGGUCACCCCAGUCUGUAGCUCCUCUACGAUGCCUUGCAGCCCUUUUUUGGCCACCCCAUCAUGGCAAGAUGAGCAUCUGUAGGUGUUGGAAAAGAAGCCUGCACACUCCUGGCCCCUCCUUUGGGCAGAUAAUGUGCAUAUGGGCUGUCUGGUUGAAGAAACCAUUGUUGCAGAAAGAGCGUGAUUGUCACUGACGUGUGGGUCCUGGGCCCCUGGUAUCUGUUGGGUAGAUGUGCCUGGGUUCUGGUCAGUGUUGUGGAUAUAUUGCUGGGGUUUCUGGAGGGGUGUUAAGGUCCGUCCAGCUGUGGCCUGGUGUGCAGCCCCCUCCUGAGGGAGGGAGCUUGCUUGCCAUGUUGAGCGCAGUAUCCCCAAGUAUAGUUUAUUUUUUCUACAGUUGAACUCUGUUGUAGAUUUAUGUAAAAAUACAUUCUCUUUUUGAAAAUAAAGAUUUUCAUGUCUUGUAAA